GACUCACAGCUGAAACAUCAGAAAACUCACAGAAGCUCACACCUGUCCAGGAACUAUAUCAGAAAAACUCACAGCUGACACCUGUCCAGGAAGACUACAUCAGAAACUCACAGCUCACACCUGUCCAGGAAGACUAUAUCAGAAACUCACAGCUCACACCUGUCCAGGAAGACUAUAUCAGAAACUCACAGCUCACACCUGUCCAGGAAGACAACAUCAAAAACUCACAGCUCACACCUGUCCAGGAAGACUAUAUCAGAAACUCACAGCUGACACCUGUCUAG